GGAAGGGAAGACUCACAGACGUCCCUUGCUGCACCCUGUUCACACAGCGAUGUCAUCUGGUCUAGGAGAGUCUUAUGGUGAUAACAUGUAAAUGCAUUCGACGAAGAGCACGCCGGGCUUCCAGUUUACUCCUGUGAAGAAAUGGGAAUUGCAAUGACUCUAUUUUUUCUUCUUCAUCUUCACUGUUUAUUUUCCACUGAAAAAAGGAAAAUUGCUACAAUGACUAUGGAAUGAUGGACUUUUUCUGUACAGUAUGGACCAUUAAUGCUUUGAUGUGCCAUGGCUGAAUGCUUCUUUUGCUGAAACAUGUUUUGAUUUCAAAAGGCUUCUGAAGAGCUAAAUUAUAACCAAGAUGUCAAAGAAAAAUCGUAAAGGUGAAAAGCCUGAGGCAGUGAUUGAUGCCUUGCAGGCUGCUAAUGAGGAGCUCCGAAGUAAACUAACAGACAUUCAGAUUGAGCUCCAGCAAGAAAAAAGCAAGGUAUGCAAGCUCAGAGAGAAACUACAGGAGAAUAAACAAGGUCGUGAGCUGGAGCAGCAUAAACAUAUAGUCCUGGUAACAGAUUUGAAAGCAAAGCUGCAUGAAGAAAAAAUGAAGGAUAUGCAAGGCCUCCGGGAGGUCUUGAUUAAGCAGCACGAACAGGAAUUAGCACGUGUGAUCAAGAUCAAAGAUGGGGAGCUACACAGACUGCAAUCUUUAGUAAAUGUUUUGCGUGAUGGGGCAGCUGACAAAGUAAAGACAGCUUUGUUGUGUGAGGCCCGGGAGGAAGCCCGCCGUGGAUUUGAUGGUGAACGUACAAAAUUACAGCAGGAGAUACAGGAACAGAAGUCUGCUAAGAAGCAGAUGGAGGAAGCCUUGAAUAACCUCAUGCAAGCAGACAAAGCCAAAGCCAUGGACCUAAGAAUGGCAUAUCAAAACCAUCAGGAUGAGAUAAACCGAAUUAAAAGGGAUUGUGAAAGGGACAUUCGCAGGCUGAUGGAUGAAAUCAAAGGCAAAGACAGAGUGAUCCUUGCCCUAGAAAAAGAACUUGGUGUUCAGUCUGGUUAUGCCCAAAAACUUCUGCUACAAAAAGAGGCUCUUGAUGAACAGUUGGUACAGGUAAAAGAAGCGGAAAGGCAUCAUGGGAGUCCAAAAAGAGAACACCCGCCAAUACUCGGAGAGACUGUGGACUUCUUCCUAAACCAGGAACUACAGAUGGAUGAACGUGAUAUGAGGCGCUUUCAACUGAAAAUUGCAGAGCUUAAUGCUGUAAUUAGAAAACUAGAGGACAGGAAUACAUUAUUAGCUGAUGAAAGAAAUGAACUGCUGAAACGGGUGCGAGAAUCUGAGACUCAGAUGAAACCUCUUUGUGAGAAAAAUAAAAGAUUGUCAAAAAAGAAUGAUGAUUUAUUGCAGUCUUUACAGCGAAUGGAGGAGAAGUUAAAAAGUGUGAGUCGGGAACAUGCAGAAAUGAAGGAAAAAUUGCAGACACAGGCACAAACAAUUUUAAGGAGGCCAAGUUCUCUCAAUGAUUUGAGUCACACACAUGAUGAGCAGGAAAUUGAAUUUCUUCGGCUUCAGGUGGCUGAGCAGCAAUCAAUGAUAGACGAUCUUACAGUGGAAAGAGACCGUAUGAUAAGAAGCAAAAAGGGCAAAAGAAAAGGUUUAAAGUUGCCAAAGAGGCAUGUUGUGGAGACGUAUUUUGGAUUUGACGAAGAAUCAGUGGAUUCUGAAACGUCGUCCCUAACUUCCUACACCACUGACCGAACAGACAGAACACCAGCUACACCAGAAGAAGAUCUAGAUGAAGGUAUUUCAAGAGAAGAGUCUGAGCUUAGAUUUAGACAGCUUACAAGAGAGUACCAGGCACUUCAAAGAGCAUAUGCUCUUCUUCAGGAGCAAGUAGGAGGAACUCUAGAUGCUGAGCGAGAGUCAAGGACACGAGAGCAGCUGCAGGCAGAUUUAAUAAGGUGCCAGGGGAAAAUUGAAGACCUUGAGAAAUCUCUGUUGGAAACAGGACAGGACUCUAAAUGGGUGGAGGAAAAGCAAUACCUUAUAAGAACAAACCAAGAGCUUUUGGAACAGAUCCAGAAACUGGAAUCGGGUGAGAGCCAGCUGCGGACUGAGAUGCAGGAUGUCAAGGACCAAAAUGAGCUUCUAGAGUUCAGAGUGUUGGAACUUGAAGAGCGUGAACGAAGGUCACCAGCUUUCAAUCUUCAUAUUACAGCCUUCUCGGAGAACAAUGGAAGUGCUCUCCAACUUCACUGCCACCAGGAGGGCAUAAAGGAUGUUGUCAUUCCUGACCUCAUGAAGAAACUGGACAUACUGGGAGAUAAUGGCAAUCUGCGAAAUGAAGAACAAGUUGCUGUGAUACAAGCCGUAACUGUACUGUCACUAUGUGAAAAGUGGUUAAAGCAAAUUGAUAACACAGAGGCCGCCCUUACUCAGAAGAUGCUGGACCUAGAGAAUGAGAAGGAUCUGUUCAGCAAACAGAAAGGAUAUUUAGAAGAAGAACUGGACUACAGGAAGCAAGCACUGGACCAGGCCUAUAUGAAAAUCCAGGAGUUGGAGGCCACACUCUAUAAUGCACUGCAACAAGAUCCAAGCAACAGAGUGAGUGAAUCUUUGACAGAGAAGCAAAAGGAGGACCUGAGAAUAGCUGUGGAAAAGCUGAGGAGACAAAUACUGAGGCAGAGCCGGGAAUUUGACAGUCAGAUCUUACAGGAGCGCAUGGAGCUGCUGCAGCAAGCGCAGCAGAGAAUAAGAGAGCUGGAAGAUAAAAUAGAACUUCAAAAAAGACAAAUUAAAGAAAUAGAAGAAAAGUUUUUGUUUCUCUUUUUAUUUUUUUCUUUAGCUUUUAUUCUCUGGCCUUGAUGGUGCUAAAAUGUGCAGAAAACAGGCACAAAAUUUAAAACAUGAAGGUGGAGCAUUAAAGUGGAACAAUCAGACGUACUGUAUGUAUAUUGAAGUGUACUGAGUAACAAUCAAGAGGGAAAGUAUAAUGUUAAUCUAGUGCUUCUAAAGAGCGCAUUUUUAUAAAUUAACUCAAACUCAGAGGAAGAAGCUGAAAUUAUUAUUUCGCUGUUUAUGAACUAAAGAUACUGUCAAACCAAUUAUAUAUUUUUGUACUUUUAAUGGAAAACAGUUAAAAUAAAAGAAUGGAGCAUCAAGAUCA